UCCGAAAAGGGUAAUAGUGACAAAGGGUGCGUUACGCAGUGGCGGGUUCCACGAGCCUUCUUCUUCUUCUUCUUCCUUGGUCUGAUUCUUUCGCUUCUCUGAAACUCAGAAUUCAAUAAAAAGAGAGAGAUAGAGAUAUAGAGGGGACAAACUCCAACAUCACAAAUCUCCAUGCCUAUUUUUUUAAUACUACUAUAAACAAAAAACGUAUAGAACCGAUCUCUCUCUCUCUCUCUCUCUCUCUCUCUGUGUCUCAGAUUCGUCAAAUUCAAAACGAUUUGGUCUUUGGAUUCCCUCGCAUGGACGGUUCUGAUUCAGCACCAUCGAUCUCAGCGGUCUGUACGCUGUGACUAUGACUCGCAUUAUUAAGCCGCGCUUUUGGCUUGGGGUUGCUUGCUAUGGGCUGCGGGGGCUCCAAGGUUGACGACCUCCCUCUGGUGACGCUUUGCAGGGAGCGGAAGGAGCUCAUCAAAGCCGCGUCGGAUCACCGCUACGCUCUCGCCGCCGCCCACGUGUCCUACUUCCAGUCCCUCAACAACAUCGGCGACUCGCUCCGCCGCUUCAUCGACGAGGAGUUCGUGAUCUCGUUACCCAGUUCUCCGGUGCUCACCCUGCCCUCCGAUAAAGGAAAAAAGACUAAAAAGAGACCGAACAUUAACGACUCGUCGUCUACAACUUCGAUUUCGCAUUCGCAUUUGGUCUCGCCGACUCAAGAGGAGGAGGAGGAGAAAGACAUUGCGGAUUCGCACUUGCAUUUGUCGUCCGACUCCGACUCCGAAUUGAACUCCGAGUCGGGUCACAUUCACAUCCACAGUAGCCCCGAAGAACAGGGACAAUCUUCUUCUUAUGCUUACCCUCCACCUACUAAUUGGGGUCCACCUCCGACGAAUUGGGGUCCACCUGGAGUGAAUUCGUACGCAUAUUACAUGAAAAGCUCCGGAACGCCUAUACAGACGGUGGUGCAGGAGGACCCGGAGAGAUAUGCGGGGGCAAACGGGCAAUGGUCCGAUUCGUCGUACGGAUAUCCGGGCUAUCCGCCUGGGUACGGUGGUUUCUUCGGCUUUCCUCCUAUGGGUUCGCCGGUAACUGAUUCCCAGAUUGAUCGGCGGCCGAGUACGCCGGCCCCUCCGCCCUCUCCGCCGAGGGUGUCCACCUGGGAUUUCCUCAACGUGUUUGAUACGGUCGAUAGUGCUGGGUAUUACCCGGGUUUUUACCGUUCAAACCGACUCGGGUCGACCGCGAGUAGUCCUGAUUCGAAGGAGGUGAGGGAGAGAGAGGGGAUUCCUGAAUUGGAAGAUGAAAUGGAGCAAGAGGUAGUGGUGAAGGAGGUUCAGAAGGAGAAGAAGAAGUUGAAGGAGGAUGUGAAUGUGAAUAAGGAUAAUAACAGUGAAGUUGGUGAGGGAACAUCAAGAGCUGUGCCAUUACGUGGUUCAGGAAGUUCAAGCACAAUACCAUUGAGUGGUAGUGUUAGCUCGCACUCGAACUCUGGUCAAGGAAAGGAGAUUAAGAGCAGCCCUGACACAAUCGUGUCCGAAGAAGGGUCAUCGAGGAAGAAAGGGGUGAGUUUUGGGGUCGACGAGGUGUCGCCAAUGGAUGUCAGGUCGUCCAAGCCGAGUAGCUUGACCACAUUGUCGGGCCACCAUGGUAAGAGGGACCUUCAGGAGGUUGUGAUGGAAAUCAGGGAUGAAUUUGAGGUUGCCUCUGGUUAUGGGAAAGAGGUUGCCCUGUUGCUUGAGGUGGGGAAGUUGCCUUAUCAGCCUAGAGGCACAUCAUUUAAAGUAAUCUUUUCUAGGAUCCGGUAUCUGGUUGCACCUUCCAGGUUUUCUUCACACCCUCCGUCGAGGCUGUCAGUUAAAUUAUCUUCAAGGACAAUGAAAAUGGCAAAAGCAUACUAUGGGGAAUCUGGUAAUGGCUUCAACAUGAAGCCCGGAAACCUUUCAUCAACCUUGGAUAAGCUGUAUGCAUGGGAGAAGAAGCUAUAUAAGGAAGUUAAGGAUGAAGAAAGGCUACGGGUCAGUUAUGAAAAAAAGUGCAAGAAACUGAAAAUUCUAGAUGACCGAGGAGCUGAGUCCAGUAAGAUUGAUGCUACUCGGGAUUCUAUAAGAAAGUCACUGACAAAAAUCAAUGUUUGUAUAAGAGCUGUUGAUGCUAUCUCAAGCCGGAUAAAUAAGUUGAGGGAUGAAGAACUGCAGCCCCAACUCACUCAAUUGAUUCAUGGAUUGAUAAGAAUGUGGAAGUCCAUGCUUAAGUGCCACCAGAAACAGUUCCAGGCUAUCAUGGAGAGCAAAGCUCGCUCUUUUAAAGUGAAUACCGGCUUGCAAAGAGAUUCAGGUUUGAAAGCUACUCUUGAACUUGAAGUGGAGCUUCUGAAUUGGUGCUCCCGGUUUAACAAUUGGAUUAACACCCAGAAAUCUUAUGUCGAGUCCUUAAAUGGGUGGCUUUUAAGGUGCCUUCACCAAGAACAAGAAGAAACUGCUGAUGGACCUGCGCCUUUUUCCCCAGGUCGGAUUGGAGCUCCUCCAAUUUUCAUUAUUUGCAAUGACUGGUACCAGGCAAUGGUAAGCAUUUCAGAAAGAAGGGUGGGAAAUGCCUUGCAUGAAUUUGCUUUGAGCCUCCACCAGUUAUGGGAAUGGCAAGAUGAGGAACAGCGUCAGAGGAUAAAAGCAGCAUACCUCUCCAAAGAUUUUGAGAAACGGCUUAGAACCUUACGCAUGGAGACAGGGAGGAUGGAGCUUGAUCAUGACGGAUCGUCAGAUAGAACAGCUAUGUCAAAGGUUCCUUCUGAAAGUGGAGUUUCACCGCUGGAUGAUCUGAAAGUGGAUUUGGAUUCAAUAAGUAAGAAAUUAUAUGAAGAGAGAGCCAAGCAUAAGGAAACCGUUAGACUGGUUCAUGAUGCUGCUUCAAAUAAAAUACAAGCAGGUUUGGUUCCAAUUUUCCAGGCUUUGGAGAAAUUCACUUCGGCGGCUUUGAAAGCUCACGAGCAGGUCAGACUUCAAGACGCUGGAGGCUCUUGAGAGAAUUUGGCCUUUAUGGGAGUGAGACCCACCUAUUUAUGCAUGGUGGUUGCCAGGAAAUCAUGCACAUUUAGAAUUGGUUAGUUCGUCAGAUGGUAAACAAAGAAAGAAGGGAAUUGUAGCAGUGAAAUCUUAGGUAUAGUAGGAAGCAACUUUGACAACAUGCUGAAAAGAGGGGGUUAUGGAAGAGUAACGCUAUAAAUCACGCUUUUAUUCCAUCACUAUCCAAUCUUGCUGACGUGUUAGUGUCAAUCUACCUUGGUUUUUUUUUUUUUUUAAAAAAAAAAAAACGAAAAAAUCAAGAAUUGAUUGACACUAUUACUCAUCGUGGAAUUGUGCACGAAUACAAUGGUUAGUAGAAACGGAGUUUAUGCUGUGGAUCCUUGCGGUGCUUAAAAUGCUGAUCAGUUGCUUAUUUUGAGAUUUGUUUAUGCAGUAACCCCAAAAAUAGGUAGGUAGGAACUUUGUACAGAAUUUUGUUUAUUGGUUGAUUGGUUAUCGGUAGCUGUAUUGAUUGUUUUUGGAAUGUCUAGGAGGCUGUCAACUAGGUUUACUGGAUUGAAGUAUCUAAUGAUCCAUUUACUAAUGAAUGCAAAUAUCAUUUUGAAUGA